AUGGAGAGCCUGGAAAGUGUAACCAAUGAUAAUGGAAGAACAACUGACCCUGAGUCUGGAAGAUGUGGAAAUGUAGAACAAGAAACAACAGAUGAUUGGAAUGGUGAAGUUGGAUUACUGAAGGAUGAUGAAAUGCUCCCUAACAGAGAAAUUCGUCUAAACAGUAAAGAGGCCAGUGCUGAUGAUCUUCAAGGUCAAACUGCUUCUCAUCACAAACAGCAGCACCAUUUAAGCUGGAAGAUUGCUCUUAAAAAGGUUAAAAGUUUACCCGAUCCUUGGGAAAAAUUUCAUAUUGAUGACUCGUGCCCUACAGAAGUUGCCAUGAGACAUCGAUACAAUGCACUGAAAAAAAACUGGCUACAGGAUGAAGUGAGAGUCAAAAUGGAAUUAUUGCCAUUUGAUCAAGGAGCCAUGAGGGAGUGCUUUAGAUUGAAGAAGCUCUCCAAUUUCUCAAAGCACAUGAAUUGGAAGCAUGCAGCUAAUUAUGUUUGUAAAAGGUAUAUUGAUGAAGUGAGCAGAAAAGUGUAUUUUGAUGAUGUUAGACUGCAAAUGGAUGCCAAGCUUUGGGGUGAAGAGUUUAACAGACACAACCCACCAAAAAAGGUAGAUAUUUUCCAGGUUUGUGUAAUUGAACUGAAAAACAGAGAAGGAUCACCUUUGUUUCACUUAGAGCACUUUAUUGAAGGAAAGUAUAUAAAGUACAACUCAAACUCAGGUUACGUGCUGCAAGAUGAAACUCUCCGUUGCACUCCCCAGGCAUUUAGCCAUUUUACAUUUGAGAGGUCUGGCCAUCAACUGAUUGUAGUUGACAUUCAAGGAGUUGGCGAUCUGUACACGGACCCUCAGAUUCAUACAUCAGAUGGAGAGGAUUACGGCGAAGCCAACUUGGGCCCAAGGGGGAUGGCACUGUUCUUCAGUUCUCAUAGAUGUAACAAAAUUUGUCAUAGCCUUGGACUUUCCCAGUUUGACCUCAGUAAAAAAGAAUUGGUUCGGAUUGACAAAACCCUGGAAAACAUCCAAGACUCCAGCACAAUUGUUAAAAGUAUUGACGAUUGCACAUCUCCUGGUCACCGCAAAAUUUCCUCAGCCAUAUUUGACAUGACGGAAUAUCUAGCCCAGUCUCCUCCUCUGUCUCCUGCUGGUUCGGAGCCAGAUUCCCCCAGGUGUUCACUGUCAUCAUGUAAUGAAUUAUCAAGAUAUUCUCGACAGAUAUCUGACCCAGAAUCGUCAUCAUCUGAGACUGAAAGUGAUCAAAGUGAUGUGUUCACUGAGAACGAGGAUGAGAAUUUCCGCAAAUCAUUUGCUGAUAGUCUGGAACAUAAGGCAUCAAGUGUAUUUGCCGAGGUUAAACUGCUUGAUGAUGUUCGUCUGAAGCAUCAGAGAAGGUCACACAAGGGUGACUCUGUUCUCGGACAGGUUCAUCUCGAAUUGGCUAAAUGUAACGAGAUCGGUCGUUUCACUAACAAUGAGCCCCAAAUGGAAUGUGCCAUGUUUCAUCUAGAGCAAGCUGCAGCUUGUGCUGUUUUACCGGCUUUAAUUGCAAUGGCUGAAAUCAAUUUACAGCUGCCACACGACAUAUUGCCUUCAGUGACUGUCCAGGAAUCUGAAGAUGCCAUGAACCGGGGGGUGUAUUACAUGUUGGAGGCAGCUCAUUUGGGAGACAGGCAAGCCAUGGUGUACAUGGCUAAGGCUUAUGAAACUGGCUCAGGCCUAGGCUCGUUCAGGGAAUGCACGUGGGUGGAGGCAGCCAAGUGGUAUCAAAAUGCCAUUGACGUGGUGUACGAAAACGAUGAUCCACAGAACACGCUAUUCACAGACCCUAACUACGUGCUGUAUGCCAAGCAAGCGUACUUGUACCAACACGGAGGUCACGGGCUUGAAAAGCACCCUCAGAUGGCCGGCGAACUCUAUUCGGCAGCUGGAGAUUUAGCACUUGCUGCCAUGAAGGGAAAACUAGCGAAUAAGUACUUUGCACUGGCUGAGGAGGCGUGGGCUGAAGAUGACGAAUAAUCUGAUCAUGCUUUACACUGAGAGAGGCGUUAAAAUCGAAGGAUUGGACAGGCCACAUAUGCGCAGGCUUGUGUAGCUGUUUAGCUGUGUAGCUGUAGGAGUAGCUGUUUUUCUCCGUAUUAUCUCAGUUUAGCUAAUACUCAAAGAGUAGAACCGCGAAUUUAACGUGGACCCUAAAUCUCGGAUAAUUUUGUAGAAAAUUUAAGUUAUUUCGAAAGCGAAAGUUUAUUUACACGUACAGAGUAUUAACUAAUUUAAAGUGAGAUUACCCAGUUUUACCAGUAUUGAACAGCUGCUGGCUAUAACUUUCGCAUGCAUCAUUUUUAAACAACCUUGCAUUAUCAUGCGUUUGGCAAGGUGGAUACUAGACUUCGCCCACCUUGUUGUGUUCAAGGCACUGGACGUAAAACCCCUCUCAUGCUCUCUACCCAGAUUGCCGUUUAUGGAGGGAGACACUCACGUUAAGGUUGAAAUAUUUCGGUAUGUUCGCUUUCGAGAUUUUUUUUGCAUUGGGAAGUUCGACUUUACUUGGUAGGAUGAGAGAGAUUAAUUCUUUUGUUUUUUGGUAAACUCAUCCUUUUUUCAGACGAGAAAAGGGUUGCAGAUUUCUACACUCUACAUGAUAGGCAUUUCCUUAAUCAUUGCUUCAUUUGUAGAGGAUCUACUUACUUCACACUCCUUCGGCCUUUCCAUAAUUGAUCGCCUUUCAUUAAUUAAAAGUGCGUUUUUCAUAAGGGCUAUUUACACUAAACAUUCACGGCAUUUCGCGUAGGUGUCCUCCGGUUUUGCAUGUCAUUUGUCAACAAAAGUGUGGCAUUGAAUUUCCUCUAUUUUCAAUAAAUGAGCCGAUUCCAAGGAGGUUUUGCACUCGAAUUAGCGAUCAGCCACCAUCUGAACCUACCUGUUAAAGUGGCAUGUGUUGUAUCUGAGCAAAAAGGCGCGUGAGAAUUGACAACUCAACCGAAACGUUGAAUAACCAUUCUAGACGAACAUGUGGUCAAGUAUUUGGAGGCAAAAUUCGAUUUCAAAGCAAAAGGAAUUAGGAAAAGGAUUAGCCUGCCAGAUAGCUUAUAGCUAGUACCUAGUAAAGGGAGGUUAAGAAACGAAUGCGAUGCGUUCGCUGCAAUUUUGCCUUCAAUCUGCUAUUGAGAAGAAAGGUUUGGGGUGUACAGGGAUGGAAGGGAAACGGAAUAUAUCAUACUUCUCGCCUAAACUGACCAAAUUGGGGGAGACUAUCUCUGAACAUCCGCUUGGCGGAUUUCCAACCCAAAAGAGACUUAGAACUCCACUUUCACUUGCGUUUAUUGCGUCUUCAACGUAAAUCCCAUGUAAAUCGAAAUAACAGUUUCAAGGCACUAUUUUUAUACAAACAGUUCUGAGAUCAUUUCAUAAGCUAAGCGAAUACUAAAUGUUACCCAAGCGUUCGAAUAACUAAAAAUAACUUGUAAAGUA